CGCACACACACACAACCUCUGGGUGAGACAUAGAUUACAAGUGCACUCUGGCUUCUGUGCAGCACGAGUGCGACUCUUUAAACCUGCAGCAGUUUGGCCUCAGCUGCAGAUCGUAGUUUGGCUCAGGUUCAACAGCGCUGACUCUGUGUGUGUGUGUGUGUGUAUGUGUGUGUGCGUGUGCGUGUGUCCUUGUGGAGGUAAAACGAGUCAGCGCAGCUCGACAUGAAUCACCUUCUGAAAGUUCCUCUGCUGGCCGGCCGAGCCUUCAGCAGCUCCAGCAGACAGCUGAAGAACAGAGUCCCCGAGGCCCAGAAGCUCUUCCAGGCAGACAAUGGGCUGCCGGUCCAUAUCAAAGGUGGAACCAGUGACGUCCUGCUGUACCGAGCCACGAUGACACUAUCAAUUGCAGGAACCUGCUACUCUCUCUAUUGGCUUCUCAUUGCCUCGAUGCCACAGAGGAAGGCAUGAAAAAGAAGAAAACGGGCUUGGUCUGUUGCCUGGAGAGCAACGCUGGGCCCAGUGUAAACCCUGAUGUUUCACGUAUCUGAUUGUGUUUCGUUUUAACGCCACUGCUCGCUGCAGAGGAGAGUAAAAAAUAAACUUGUUCAGCGUUUUAA